GCUCUAGUGAAAACAAGGACCGGGGACAGAGUAUCGGAAUUAUCUGGAAGACCUAAAAUAUGGGACUUUGGCCUCCGAUAGCAGCACGGUAGGCGAGUGUCGGAUCACCGCCGCCUGGCUUCAUAACGGAGCAUUACUGAGUUACGUGUACUGUGACUGCUCGCUGGAUUGUUAUAUCCCACGGGAAAUAAAGAACAACACUGACAUCGACACUGAAACGGAUAUAUAGAACAUCAAGUGCAUUGAGCGUGGGAGGAGUGCAUAUGUAAGCCAGAGAGCGGAAGACCGGUAUGUCCCAGACGAGAUAUGCCUCCUAUUCUGACCUGACAAACCCCACCCUUAAACAUGCCAUCAACCGGAACUGUCUCUCCACAAUUCACCUUGCCUCCCUCGUGGCGGAAUUUGCGGAAGAGAUGGCCAGUGCCUACGACAAUUUUGCAAGGGAAGUACAGAGAGUUGUGGGACAGUUUCGCGAGAGAAGCCAUCACCUGAAGACCGAAUGGUAUGUGGACACUCCAUCCACCAUCUACAAUGCCUGGGAGAACCUUGUCAAGGAGACAGAGACAGAUGCACAGGCUCACCUUGAUGCCAGUGGUCUCCUGGUGAAGAAUGUCAGUGAGCCUCUAAAGGAAGUGGCCAAGUACAAGAUGAGCCAGGCACAGAAACUGCAAGCAUUCCGUGAAAACUUUGAAGACAUUCUUCACCAGUCAGAACUACAGCUUCAGGAGAAAGAGCAAACCUACAUGGAUGCGUAUGGGUCAUUCAAAAAUUGUGGCAGCCUUGACAACCGGGAAGGCUUCCGACAUGAGUUCCAUAAUUGCCAUAACGAAUACAUUCUGCAACUACGGGCUUCCAACAGAACCAUUGAUGACUUUCAAAUAACCAUUCCACAAGUUUUAGAGGAGUUGGAUGAGAUAUGUAUAGACACCAGUAACACAGUAAAUGUUGCCAUUGAGAGUCACUCCCUCCUGCUCUUAACAAAGGCAAAUGAGCAGCAGCGUCGACUGGAAAAUAUGCUCAAGAUGUGCCGACAGGUGAACCCAAUGUUGGACAUCUCAUACUUUGUUAAGGCGGUGAACAUUGAAGGUGCCACUGCUACUCUACAACGACAUAAGUUCUGUCCAGCCGACCCAGCUUCCAACAUUGCAGAGCAGGAUUCUGUGAAGAACCACCUGAUCAUCGACCGUGUUACAGAGGUGGUGUUACGAGAGCGACGAGCCGCCCUGCAGCGGGAGGCGCUAGAACUCACCUCAUACAUGCAGCAGAACCAGGACGUCACGUAUUCCCUAGUCAACAUGUGCCAAAGGAAUCUAGCCAACCACUUGUAUGCCAAAGUGUAUGAAACCCAAGAAGACCUUUGUCGGAAAAGGAAUGAAAUACGGGUAGCUAAUCUGCAGUUGGGGGCAGUCCGAGCACAAAUAGAGUUGUUAACGCCAAAGCAGAAUGGUGCUGUUGAGGAUGACCAGGAGAAGAAGAACCCCUCGACAAUCCGCGGCAUGUGGAAGAAGGCAUUCAAAACACUGAAGAGCUCCCCGUCAGUAGAAAAACUGUCAAAGAAGAGCAGUUUCAGCAAGAAGAAGCAGAACUCGAAGGAGGCGGACGAUGAGGUGGAGCAGGUCAAUGGCCCAGUGGACCCUGUGUACAGCUUGUUAAAGUGUGCGGCAGACCUGCCUCGCUCAGGCGGGAAAUCUCCAUGCCUAGUGCACCCUCACUGCAGUGGUCAACACACCCCUGGAUACUCACGCUACCCAAGCGGAGGGGACAGUUCUGGAAACACAUCAAAAACCUCCAGCCCUUCAUCGUCAGCAUUUUAUCUUGGAAGAAAUUUGGUUUGCACCUGUCCAUUGCGUGGCUCAGUCAAUGACCAAAGCCCCAGCCAUUUCUCCUUUGAGCUUGCCGAGCAGGCCCCCGUGACCAAUGAACAGCACACCACAGCAUGCUGCAAUGCUUCUGGGCCUCACAGUCAUCAUAUCAAUAUAAAUCUAGACAAAAUAUACAGUCGCAUUCAGAGAACCUCGCCUCUAAGUUCCCCGGUGCAGCAGGAUGAUGAGGCCCCAUCGUUCAAGGGAAACAUGCGCAGUGAGAGUGUGCUUUCAUCAUAAACACUCGCUUACUCGCUGCCUGGCGCACAAUCUGUUGCUGACUAAACUGUUAAUCUAUUUAUUUGUUUGACAGAUAAAAGGUUGUACAUAGUUGUUAUACUUUGUCUGUGGUGGACUUUCUCCCAAACAAAAAAUUUGAACUGUGAUAAAAUGAUAUUUAGUUGUGUCCUCAGUUAUUAUUCCUUUUGAUUGUUGAGUUUGAUAAUGGAAUAUUUAAACAAUAUAAGAUGUCACAAAAUUUUGGAUCAAAAUUUUGUUGCAGUGCUUUCAAAUGAGUUAAUUUACCACCGGAGAUACAUGUUUCUGCGGUAACAGCAUGGUGUUCCCACUUUUCCUCCAUCAUUGGAUUGUUCCCAGACCCAUCUCAAAAUUUCUAUUUCUCAUGCUAUUUUUUAUCUCUGGAACCCAGAACACAUUUCCAUGAUCCCUCCAACAAUCUUUAUUUCUUUUGUUUAUCAUAAAAUUGCUUUCUUACUAUUUUAAUGGAAUUUUGAAAAAUAAAUUGCAAGGAAUUCUGUCUUAUUUCUGUUCUGAUUUUUGACCAUGAGUGUGCUUGGUUUAUAUGCUCCACAGUUUCCUUCCUUCAACUAACAUCAUCUACUAACGUGAUUGUACUUGUUGGAUAUUUGCCGCCAGUCACCCGCCACUCUCUGAUUGUAGAUCCCCCUGGCAGAUCGGAGCCCCCCAUCUCCCCAUCAAAUCCUGGACACGACUUCAAGAGAGUCUACAAACUCACAAGCCCUCCGACAAAGAAGGCUUUUGCACCAUUUGACACUGUGCCGCCUCUAUAGGCGAACAUUUUCAAAACAUUUUACCUUUGUUGCAGUAACCCUUCGUUAUUCUGCUUGAUGUUCAGAGAGUCUCUGUUAUAAGUUUUUCAUUGUUCAUGUAUGCCCUCCUGGUUUUAGAAAAUAGUGCUCAUUAUAGUAUAACUUCUUGUUGCGAUGAAAAAUAUAUACAACAUGACUUCCCUGCAUACAGGUUGGACUUUCAUGAAAACACAGUGGUUGCCUUUAAUGAUUUCUAGUUGCUGUUCCUUGAUAUGCAUGUUAAGCAUGUACAUUUUAAACUCCUUUGUUUUGGUACAGUGAUAUGCUUUGUUUUCUGAUAUUGACCACACUUUUGGAGCUGAUAUAUCCAUGUACCAUAAGAAGUUGAAAAACAUUUAAUGUGACAAUAAAAGAUGCGGCCUUACUUUAGUUUUUUACCAUUUUAAGAUUGUAAGUGUGCAAGCGAGUUUUUUUUAAUUCCCAUGUAACAGCUCAGGAUGAGUGAAGAGUGGUCUAACCUCUGACUGUCAUGAGCAACCAUCUUUGCUUUCUAGGCCAGCAGCCACCAGCUAAACCAGAGAAAGACACCAAGAAGGGGAAAACCAAGGCUGUCAAAUAACACCAUGUCUUGAUUUGUGUUCACAUAUUUAUGCAUCUAAGUGUGAGUUCAUUUCCGGUGGUGAAUUACUGCAGUAAGUCAGUCUCAAUUACAACAUUGAUCCCAUAACAGUGUACCUGCAAGGAAGCUGGCCCGUAUGUUGCCUUAAACAGCGACAUUGAUGCAUGAUGUUGAAGGUCGUGAAUGGUGUACAUGUAGUGGAACAGAGACUGUGUUUAUAGAGUAAUGGACCUUCACACUGUUUUGGACACUUAGAAACAAACUUGUUUUUUACUUUCUGGUAGUGUUUGAUAUGUUUUAUAAGACUAUAAACUCUGUACAUUUAGUAUUGAAUUCAAACAUGUUCUUUCUUACUAAAGUAAGAAAAUUAAUAACCGUAAGUGUUACAGAUAUAGAUUUGGUUAUUUUGUACCUCUUCACAGAAAUAGUGCACAUCGAAAUCAUUUUCACAUUUAUAUUGAUAUAGCUCAAGUCUGUUUCUUAGAUAUUGCAUUAUAUUUGUAAUGUUAUCAUCAUUGCGACAUCUACCAACUGCUCCAACCCAUUCCCUGGUUAACCCCCACAUAUUCCAUGUUGUGAAGAAUGGUACACUGUACCUCGCAGAAUAAAUGAGAAGUUUACAUCAUUAUUGGUCUCAUGUUUUAUGCCCAUGACCAUUUCUAUCCAUCUGUGUAGAUGCUUAAUGCUCGUUUCUUACCCUGUGAUUAUUUUUAUAGACAUUAGUAUCUUAUCCUUAAAAGAUUGUUAAUAUAGAAGUGACUGUAAUAUUUACACCAGUGAAAGGACAGCUUUGCUCUCAUGCAUGUGAAGAUUCAGACCAAUGAAAGGGAAGUAAGAUAUCACAAGUAUCAUUUUAAUCUGAACACAGUGGGGGAGGGGGGGGGUCUGAACAUUAAAAUUUGCUAGCAACUUUAAGAUGAAAUUAAAGAGAUUAUAUUCCUGUUUUGUGAAUAUUUUCAAUUGAAUAAUAUAAUCUAUAUUAAAACAGAAUUGGACCCCAAACACAAUAUCUUGGUAUGAAAAAGAUGGUUUAUUCUUACAAAAUAUUAUUUUAUCUGUUCUGUCUAUUUUUUAAACAUUCUUGUUCAUUUCUAGACAAAAUUUGAGUUCCCCAAUUUUAGCAAAAAUGAUCAGAAAGGCCCCAGUCCCAUUACAAAAAAAAACAGUGGUGCAAGUUUGUAUUUAAUUGUUAUUUACUCAGAAGCAGCAUUGACAACAUAACAUUUGCCAGAAAGUGUUUUGUUAAGAUGUAAUUGAAGAGAAUAUGCUUGUGUUUCAUGAAUAGUUUCAAUUGAAAUUACAAGUUAUAAAUAAUUUCUAUAACACAGCAAUCUGUCUUCUGUAAGUCUGAACUAGUAUUUUAUACAGGUGAUUGCUUGUUAAUGCUCUAUUGGCAGAUAGUAAUUUUAGCAUGAUAUUUGUGAGAUAUUUUUCUUGUUAAUGCUCUUAUGGCCACAUUUUGUACACACACUAUGAGUUACAAGCAGUUGAUUUUGAUGAAAUGCUGUCAACAACAUUAAAUUAAGCAAUGCCAUACUCCAUAAUGUUCAGCAAAGUUUGUUAAAUAUGGAACUGGCAACAAAAAUGGCCAACAUUUUGUAAACAAUAUAGAGGCCACAUUUUCUACCCAAUCUUUCUAACUUUGUCAGAAUGUUUGUCUUCAUGUACUCUAUGCCAAGCUUGAGUUAUAGUCAUGUCCAAUCAAAAAGUAGGUCACAAACAAAUGUGAAAACACAAGAAAUGGUGCAUCAUUGCCCUCUUGUUUUGCCAAUGUUCUCUAAUUUGUUUUGUACCUCCUUAAGAAAAUCUUAUGUUUAUUUAACAGUGUUAUGGAAUUAUGUGUAAGUUCUGUUAAACGAAGUAAAGUAAUUUUGUGAGCGAUGACUUCAUUUUUCGACUUUAAAUAGGAGAUUGAGUUUAUUUAAGUGUUGAGUUCAUGUAGGUGUAUAUUCCUUGUGAUGUUGAAUACCACUGUCCAUGUUCUUGAGCCAUACUCUUCACUCAAAGCUAAUGGCCUUAUAAUGCUUGUGAUUUUUUUUCUUCAAAAUAAUGUCCCAAAUGAAUUGCAUUGUUUAUAUCAUGUUUUUACAGACUUGCUGAGCUUUCAUUUGUUGCUAUCAUUAUCAUUCACAUUCAGUCUCAUAGUAUUAUUUUGUUAAACAUGUUGUUGUUGUUGUUGUUUUAUUUCUUUACAUAUUAAUUGAUGUUUAAGUGUGUUGUCCUUUAUUGACACAUGUAUCUAUGAUGAAUAAAAUGGAAUUUCAGCAAA